UGGACGAUUAUCAAGAGAUUUAUAUCCAGACAUACAUAAUUAACCGGUCCUUUGACGCUCUUCUAGUUUUGCAUCACAAAACAGACGGUUGAACAGAACACAAUUGGUAUUUAAUAAAAAAAAUCGUGCUAUUUAGAAAAAAGAACUAACUAAUCACGCAAUUAAAGCUGAUAAAUUGUCAUUUUGUAAAUUGGUCUUUUUAUAAAUUUUAAUAACUCGUGCUCCAUUAAAACUCGGAAGCCAAAGGAACCAGCCGAAAAUACCCCAAAAUUCCCAAACCCGAAUCAGCCAGAAUGAGUGGUGAAAAAGAAUCGACGAAAAGCGUGGCGGAAAUCACGAGUCAUGACGUGUACCCCUAUGCUGGCCCGACGGACGACCGCAGUUUGAGACACCUGUACAGUGGGCCGAACGGAGAGAGACACCAGAAGGUGAAGGUGUUGCAGGGGGGUGGGGAUAGCGGCGUGAUGGGCUAUGUGGGCUCCCCCUGCGAUAUCUCAAAUGAGUCAUCAUCCAGUCUAGAUUACAUAUUCAGAGGCUCUAGACCGACUUAUCAGCGACGUCACGAGAGGGUGGGGGAGGUCGGCUUCAAUCUAGCAGCACUUCAAAAACUGGCCGCGCAGAAACAGCAAGCAGAGUCAAAAUGAUUGGAGAAAGAACAAAAACUUGACUGCCACAUAAAAAUGUUUGUUUUCAAAUAGCUUAUUUUAUA